GCAGGGCAACGAUAGGAUCAUUUUCAUUUUGUUUUACGGCAAUGGAGAAUAGUACCUGCUCCACUGACAAUUGGAAAUCAAAGGAACAGUGACAUGGCGACAGAUUAUUGGUAAAUCGAAGUAAAAGACCCAGAAAAAAAAAAAGAUUUCAGGCAAAUAUAUAUAAUCAGAGAGGCAUGUCCUUGUCUGUCAAUCCCAUGCCCUUAACUUCUCCUGACUUUUCCGCGCCCUUAUUUUUCCUUCCUCCUCUUCUUCUUCUUCUUCUUCUUCUUCUUUUUCCUUUUUUGUCAUUUUUCUUCUUCUUCAAUAUUCAACACUACACCUACAGCUAAACCGGACCACCAGUCAAACUUCAUCUGCAUUCUUUCCUCUCUCUCUCUCUCAUAUUCAUCUUACCAAUUCCUCUGUCGAUUUUCAUUCUUCCCCAGACUAUAUCAUCUAAUGGAGAAAUCACAGUAUGACGAUGAUCAACGGGAGCAGCAGCGGAAGAAACUCUCUGUGCAAUCUUCAUAUCCCAAGCUGGAACGCGCAGAGUCGGCAUUAAUUUACAGGCGGCCCUCCACGUCCACCACUCCCGGCUGCUCCGAAACGAAGCUUAAACUGGCGCUGGCCGCCACCGCGGCUGCCCUUAACGCGCGGUUGCUGUCGGCGGAUAUGCCUCCCACCAUGCAAGAACGUGCCCUCCGUUUCACCACUUCCCUCUUCGAUCGUCAAGCCGCCACCGCCAAUCCCAACCGCCCCAAUUCCACCCUCAUCGCUCGUGCUCUCAAAAAGGCAGCUACCUCUCUCUCUCUCUCUCUCUUGAAUUUUUGGGAGUUUGACUCGGUGUACGGGCCGGCGUGGCACUGCGUGGUGGGAAAGAGUUUCGGAUCGUUCGUGACUCACUCGCCCAGCGGCUUCAUCUACUUCUCUCUCGACUCCUUCUCCCUGCUCCUCUUCCAAACGGCGGUUCGCUUGGUCAACGAACCGGCUUCUGGAUAGUUGACCCGGCCAACACGAGACCCUCGAGUAGAGGCCCGCGCACUUUACUCGCUUUUUGUGAGUACCACGUGUCAUGUUAAAGGGCGGCUACCGGUCAUGUACGGUGGUACGCGGUGACUCUUUUUAAGUUAAAAAAUUUUUAGCAAACAGCUUUCUUCCCCUUCUGGGAAAAUGUUAAUCUCAUUGUAAGGAUUGUUUGGAGUGGAAAAUCUCGAAAAAGGAAAAGAAAAAAUGAGAUAUUUUUUCAGUAA